UGGUGCCAGGUGAUGCUGCUUGCAGGCCCUAGUUCCACCAACACCUUUGUUUCUACCCAACUGACAUCAUGCAGGCUGCUGAGGGGCAGCAGCUUUUUGAUCCUGUUUCUUUUGGGAAGGACCUCAUGAUAGGUGGGGUGGCAGCUGCUGUUUCCAAAACAACAGUAGCACCCAUUGAACGUGUGAAGCUCCUGCUCCAAGUUCAGGCCUCAUCCAAACAGAUCCGUGCUGACCAGCAAUACAGAGGCAUGAUAGAUUGCUUUGUACGCAUUCCUCGGGAGCAAGGAUUUCUCAGUUUCUGGCGUGGCAAUCUUGCCAAUGUUAUCCGAUAUUUCCCAACUCAAGCCCUAAACUUUGCCUUUAAGGACAAAUACAAGCAGAUUUUCAUGACUGGAGUUGAUAAAGAUAAACAGUUUAUGAGAUGGUUCAUUUCAAAUCUGGCUUCUGGUGGAGCAGCUGGGGCUACUUCACUGUGCGUGGUAUAUCCCCUGGACUUUGCACGAACUCGAUUGGGUGCUGACAUUGGUAAAGGCCCCUCAGAGAGACAAUUCACAGGUCUUGCUGACUGUAUUGUUAAAAUUGCCAAAAAAGAUGGAAUUGCUGGUCUAUACCAAGGAUUUAGCGUUUCAGUACAAGGAAUUAUUGUAUAUCGGGCGUCUUAUUUUGGAUGUUAUGACACCAUAAAAGGAAUGCUACCAAAUCCAAAAGAAACCCCAUUCAUUAUUUCUUUUGCAAUUGCUCAAGUGGUGACAGUAUUUUCUGGGAUACUCUCGUAUCCAUUUGACACUGUCAGAAGACGCAUGAUGAUGCAGAGUGGAGAGGCUGAACGUCAGUAUAAAGGAACCAUUGACUGCUUUAUCAAGAUAUAUGGCCAGGAAGGAAUAAAUGCCUUCUUUCGUGGGGCAUUUUCAAAUGUUCUUCGUGGGACAGGAGGUGCCUUGGUGCUAGUCCUUUACGACAAAAUCAAGGAAUUUCUUAAUAUUGAUCCCUCAUUAGGCCGGUCAACUGACUAAAGCCACUGAUGAUCUAAUUUACCUGCAUUGCACACACAGAGAUAAAAAUCUUAUUGUUUUGAAUAUUGGCUUAUUAAUUACUAUUCCACUUUGUAACAAGUCAGUGGUAUUUCCUGUUACGAUUUUAAAGCAACUUAACAGCAUAUGUUUUUUUUAUAAAAGGUCAUACUUACUUUUGUUACUUUCAAAUAGCUCCUGCCUUUUGUUUCCUUUUCCAGUCUUUUCCUUGUGUCAUUAUCUUUACUGUCAAAAUCAAGAUUCUUGGAUUUCAUCUUGAUGAUAAGCAACUAAAGAGGGAAAGGAAACAAUGAAUGGCCUAGCCAUACUUAUCUAUCAUAGUUGAUGGAUGAGCUUGGGUUGCAAUCCAGUUUUCUCAGAGCCAAGCCCAGUAGUGUUCAUUGGAGUUUAACUUUUUUCUAUUAGCAAGAAAUAAGAGCUUUUCCAAGCAAAGUUAAAGAAAGUAUAGACAGAUUAUAGCUCCUGUUAGUGUGAAUUUAUUCAGAUUAUUUUGUUCAAUAGUUUGAAUUAAGGGUGACUUGGAAUGAGUGUACUGUAGUGUGCUAUAGCAAAGUAAUAAUAGUUCUUUGCUAGGAGAUUAUGUUUUCCUUAAACUUUUCCAGUAUCACAGAAGGAGAAAAAAGGGUGUGUAUGUGAAGCAAAAGCUGGACAUGUUCAGGUAAAGGAUAGGUAAAACUAUCUGGGAGUCUCAGUUAUGCCUUUCCAAAGCAAUAAAAAAGCAUUAAAAUGCAAUAAACAGAGUAAAAGACAGUAAAUCAGAAUAAGACAGAGAAAGAGAAUAUUAAAACCUCAAAGAUCACAAAAAGAAAGAAAUUAAAGGAAUACUCAGUUAAGAAUCUACUAGUAAAUCUGUAUGUCUAUGAAAAAAGAAUAUAUUUCACCCAUACUGGAAAGGUUUCUGAGCAGAUAUAAAGAACUCUACAGAGAAAGCAUGAUGUUUGUGUCACCAUAGUCAUCUUUCCAAUAGACUCCUGCUUAAUGUCCAUUGAUACUGGUCUCAGAAAAAAGGGUUCAGAAGAUCUUAUGAUAAUAAUAAAGAACAUGAUUGUUUAGAUAGUCUCAUCUAAGGUUUUAAAACCAAAACCACCAUUUAAAUUGACUCUCAUAUACUAGGAACCAAUAAAAAUCUGUUGUUGAUACCCAUCCAGGGAAAUAAUCUUACUGUUGUAUUCUGCAUCAGAUUUUUCAGAAGCAAAUAUCUGGAAAAAACAUUUUAGCCCAGUUAUGAGUAGAAUAUUAACCAGAGUUGGCCAGGCAAUUGCUAGAAAAUAUCCCUUAAAUUCUUAGCCACAUAUUAGGAAUUAACAUUUAUUUGGUCAGUUUCAUCCACACAUUUUUUAAUAAUCUUUGUUCUGUAGAGUUUCAUGAUAAGGAAAAUUAUAUAGAUCCAAAUAAUCAGGAUAAGCAUCACCACCCAUGACAAACAGGGUGAAUAAUACUGCAGGGGUCAAUCAAAUCAGGGAUGGGUUUGUUUUUUCCUAAAUUUAGUAUGAAAAAUUAUGUAUGCAACUGGAGUGGCAAAUUUCUAAUUCCAACAUCGAAUAGGAUGGUAAAGAGAAAAGAAAAUAUUGGUUGUUCAAUAGAUGGUGGUAAGAAAAGUCAUAUGCCAGUCAACAAGCUUACAGUAAAAUCUUUUUUCUCUUCAUGCAUCACCUGCAUUCUCACAGAUCAAUGCCUGUGGUAAUAACAUGCUCAGUUAGCUGCACCCUGAAGUAUGUUUGAGGAAGGAUUGUAGGGGAAUUUUUGUCAACCCCAACAGCUGAAGUUGCGUUUUUGGAACUGUGGCUGCAGGGUGUUCUCUCUCAGGGAAGACAAAGUUUAUAAACAAGCAAGCAAGCAGUUUUAUUAAGUUGGUUACAGACAGCAUCUUCCUGUAUACCAUAUUAGAAAAAAACAACAUUGUCAAAAAGUAAUUGGUUGAUUUGAAAAAAGAGCAACUUCACCCUUAAUCAAGAACAGUUAUCACAAACUUGAUGUUAAAAAGUAUUUACAAAUAAAACAAUUUGCUUUAUUUGCACAAUAUUCUUAAUUAUUAUAAUAAUCCAUGGGUUAUAGGUUACAGUGGCUGCAUUUACACAAUGUGCUAAAUCAGAAUAUAUUUGGUUUUAGCUUAUUGUGUGCUGACCCUGUGAACCUCUUGCUGCCAAAACCAUUUUGAUUUAUAACUGGAACUAAAGUUGGGUUCACACAUUGAAUUAA